UUACAAAAAUGAAUAUUACAGAUGUCCCUUUUUGAUUUUAUCAAAAAAAAAAAACAGUAUUUGUAAACAAACAAACUUUUGUUGCUAACAAAAUACUGCUAUAUGCUAAAAUUUUUAAUAUGUACAUAUGCUAUAUCUUGAGUUGAAUUAUUAAAAAUUAUUUUUAAUAAAAAUGGCGAAAACAUGGAAAAAUUGGUGCCGCUUGUGUGGAAAGGAUAACUCCCAAAUAGAUGUUUUCAUAAAGGAGGAAAAUUUUUCAACAUUAGCAGAGGCAGUUCAAAAAUUCCUUUCUAUCAGUAUUUAUAAUUAUGAUGAAGCUCCUACUAAAAUAUGUAAGCGAUGCCACCAAUUUUUGAGUGAAAUAAUACAUUAUUUUUUACAAGUUCAUAAAGUUCAAGAAAUGUUCUGCGAUUUGCAAUUUAGUCAUAAAUUUGACAUUGUGGUAGAUUUAAGCGAAAUAAGGACGAAGUAUGGUGUGUCAGUUAUUCGAGACUCUCGGUUUGAUUGCAAAACUGAAUUUGAAAAUGAACAUCAAACCAAAAUCAAUCAUGGAAUCGAUAAAAUUAACAACGACAUAGGGGGUGAAACAACGUUCUUUGAUGAAAAUAGUAUUAUAAUCGAAGAUGUUGCAAUAGAAGACAAUUAUUUAAAAGAAUUUCCAAGUACAAACGAAAAUAUAAAUAAUACAGAACAGGGCCCUCAAGUAGGCCAAGAAAAUUGUGUAGCUUGUGAAAGAGCAAAUAGAAAAAACAAUACAAAACUCAAAAAAUAUCAUAGAAAACGAGAGAAAUAUAAGAAAACAUUCAAAGAAGAUAAUUCAUGUAAGGAGCCUGUUGUAGAAUGUGAAUUGUGUAAAAAGAAAUUUUUGAAUAAGGGAGGAUAUACAUUUCACUUAAAAGCAAAACAUUCCCUUGUUACGGAACCGUUACCUUGUAAAUUUUGCGGAAAACUCUUUAAAGCUAUAUCAGAUCACCAGAAACAUGAAGUGACCCAUUUACCUCCUGACGAAAGAAGAACUUUUCCUUGCGUGCAAUGUGAUAAAAAAUUUUUCUCAGAAGGAAAUCUAAAUGCCCAUGUCAAGGUUGUUCACGUUCGUGAAAAGUCAUUUAUCUGUGAAGAAUGUGGUAAAGGAUAUGUGACUGUUGAUGCAUUAAAUUCGCACAAAGUUGUUCAUACGGAAGACAAACCUUUCAAAUGCUCAAAAUGUCCAAAAUCUUUUAAACGUUUGCCAACUUUGAAGCUACAUCUAGAAUCACAUGAAAACCAUAAAUUCAUAUGCUCUAUUUGUGGAACACAAUUAAAUUCGCGAGCUUUGUUAAGACGUCAUAUGGUGGUCCAUUCUGAUGAAAAAAAAUAUAAGUGUAAUUUUUGUGAAAAGGAAUUUAAAAGACCAGACGCAUUUAAACACCACCUAAUACUACAUACAGGACUGAAACCCUACGAAUGUCCGUUUUGCGAUUUAACAUUUGCUAAUGGUUCAAACUGUAGGAAACAUCAAAAAACUACACAUCCAAUUGAGUUAGCUGCCGCUGAAGCUGAAGGAGUAAAAAGGGUAUGCAAAAAUGUUCCAAAAAUAGAACAACUCAGAGCAGUCAAUAAUGGCGCAUUGACUGAUUGUGAAACAGAGUAUGAAAGAUCGAAAACUAAUACACCAAAUUCAAUAUUAAUUUUAGAAAAUGCUAUAAAAAUUGAAUUUUAUUUUAUGGUAAUAUUCAAGACCACAAGAAUUUUAAAGAGUUUAAAUUCAUUAUUUCCAUAUGUAUGGGGAUACAUAACUCGAAUUCAUUUGAAUAAUACACUUUCAAUUAUAGCCAAGAAUAAAAGAAAUGUAUUUAACCCGCAAAAAGGAGCAAUGUUUCUAUGUACAAAAUGUGGUAAAAAAUUCGCUUCUAAAAACGAUUUAAAUGGUCACGAGAAAUUCGUUCAUGUUGAAAAAAAAUUGCUUAUUUGCGAGGAUUGUGGUAAAAGAUAUGUGAGUGUUGCUGCUUUAAAUUCACAUAAAAUAGUACAUAGUGAAAAGAAACCUUUUAAAUGUACUAAAUGUUUGAAAUCUUUUAAAAGAAGAGUAACCUUGAAGAUACACGAAAAAUCUCAUGCAAGUCAUAAAGUAAUAUGCCCCAUAUGUAGUAAACCGAUAAGUUCCCCAGCUUUACUUAGUCGACAUAUGGUUUUUCACUCUGAACACAAAAAAUAUAAAUGCAAUUUUUGUGGGAAACUAUUUCGGAGAUCUGAUGCAUUUAAACAUCAUUUGAUUUUACACAGUAGAUUGAAACCAUACCAAUGUGUUUUUUGUGAUUUAACGUUUGCAGAUGGAUCUAAUUGUAGAAAGCAUCAAAAAGUCGCACAUUCACUGGAAUUAGCAGCAGCAGAAGUGAUGGGAAUUGUUAGAGUUUCUAAAAAUGUUCCGAAAAUUGAACAACUGAGAGCAGUUAAUGAUGAAAUUUUGUUAAAACCUCAUAAAGAAACAUUCUUAAUGAAAGAAAAACAGUUUUUUUGUGAUAUUUGUAGUAAGGAAACAACCUCAAGUAGAUCUCUGGAAGUACAUAAGCUCAUCCACAUUAAAGCUACCCUUCAAUGCGAUAUGUGUCCGCGACUCUUUAAAAAUGUAGAAAAACUAAACAUCCAUAAAAAAAGUUGCAAUGUUCAAUGUUUAAUAUGUAAUGUAAAACUAAAAAAUAAUCACUCGUUGAAGGAACAUGUACUCUUACACACUGAUAUAAAGAAUUUUAAAUGCACCCUUUGUGAGUAUGUGACAAAACAUCAAAGAAAUUUAAAAGCACAUAUGUUAACUCACACUGGUCUCAAACCAUAUCGUUGCUUGUACUGUGAAGCUUCUUACGCUCAUCAAUCAAACUGUAAAAAGCAUGUAAAACAUUCUCAUAAGGCAGAAUUUAUUAACAGUGUGGCUGAGAGGUUGCAACCUUACACAAAACAUGUUCCAAGUUUCAAGGAACUUAAAAAAAUUAUAGAGCAAAUGAAAAAAAGUGCAACAACGAAGACAAUAACAGAAAAUGAAGAAAACAUAAAAGGGUAUAACUCUGAAGCAACUGAAGAUUCCAUAUCAAAUAUUAAGAGUACUGUUGAAACUAAUGAAGACGUUGAAAUCAAAAAUUUGAAUGAAGAAAACAAUUGUAACUUGAAAAUGAUAUUAAAUAAAGACGAUAAAAUUCAAGAGAAUGCUGAAAAAAAUGAAAAUUUCAACGAAGUUGUGAUACGUGAAAAUUUUGUGCAACAAUUCGAUUAUUAUAGUAAGGACAAAAACUUAUUAAAAAUUGAAGAGUUCAAAAUGAGCACAGCAUUUGCAUGCAACAAAAAAGAUAUAGACUUAAAAAGGGAAAAUGACCAUAAGCAUAACUCAACUUUUGAUUUGAAAGAGGCUGUUGCAAAAUGUGAAAUUUGUAACAAAACAUUUUUGAGUAAGGGUGCUUGGGCCUCCCAUUUAAAAACGAAACAUUCUAUUGUGUCGAAACCAAAAGCGUGUAAGUUUUGCGGUAAAGCUUUUAAAGCAAUAUCAGCUCUUGAGAAACAUGAGCUAACUCAUUUACCUCCAGAAAAACGCGAAACAUUUUCAUGCACUCAAUGUGAUAAAAUUUUUUUUUGGGAAAAACAUUUGAAAAUUCAUAUUGAAAUUGUUCAUAUUGGAAAAACAUCCUUUAUAUGUGAAGAAUGUGGCAAAGGAUACCUAACAUUCAAUGCAUUAAGUGCCCACAAAAUUGUGCAUAGUAAUAAAAAACCUUUUAAAUGUACGAAAUGUGAAAAAUCUUUUAAACGAAUUCCAGCUUUACAGGAACAUUUGCGUAACAAUCACACCGAAAGGAAAAAUUUUAAAUGUAUUUUGUGUCAAUACGCUUGCAAAGAUCGUAGAAAUUUUAAGACCCAUAUGUUAAUACACGCAAAAUUGAAGCCUUAUCACUGUCAGUUUUGUGAAGCUUCUUAUUCAGAUCUUUCAAAUUGCAAGAAACAUGAAAAACACGCACAUCCUGUGGAAUAUGCUGAAAUGAAAUUAAAAAAUCAACCAAGAACUCCGAAUCAAAAUAUUCCCAAAUUUUGUAAAUUGAAAGAAAUUUUGAGUCAAAUGGAAUUACAAACAAGUUAAAUAAU